AUGCCAGAUUUCAGAUGCAACUUGACAGCCAGCUCCUCCUCUCAGGCCUACAGAUCGUUCGAUCACGAGGGUAACCACCCCUACAGAAAAAAGUCUCUCGUGAGACCAGAGAGAUCACGUAUUGACCCUAACCACCCCAACUUCCACUAUAGCAAAAAGGUUCAUGACCCAUCCUCCAACAUCAAGGUUCAGGCUUCGGGCAUGGAUGCCAACGCAGGCACCGAGUUUGACAUAAACCAAAGAACCGCCAACGGCCCCAGAAUCUCCCGCACCUCGGAAGGGGACUAUGAGUCGAACGAAAUCCCGUUGCGCGAUAUGCACACCAACCCUUACGGUAACGUUGAAAACUUGGUCGAGGAUGAAUACAUUCAUGCCUCAGGAUCAGAGUUGAAGGGUGGUACGGAGGUGUACGGGCUAAAUGACGAAAUCGACUACAGCCCAAGAAAACAGGACUUAACCAUUUGGCCCGUCUACUGUUACAUCAUCACGUUCUGGGCGCCAGGCCCGCUCUUGAGCCUAUUUGGCAUCAAAGGUAAGGAGGCGCAGUUUGCCUGGAGAGAAAAGAUGGGUCUUGUGUCCAUUAUUCUCUGUACUGCUGCCAUCAUUGCCUUCUUGACCUUCGGUUUCACCAGAACUGUAUGCCAAGACACCACUCCUCGUGUGAGAAACAACGAAAUUGACAGCGGUUUCUUGAUCAUCAACGGCCGUACCUUUGAUUUGACCAGCUCCCAGCAUCCAGCAGCUGCCGGUAUCAGUAACGGUGCCAAUGUAUUGUACCCACCUGUCAAUGCCGGUGGGAUGGAUGCGUCGUUCUUGUUUCAGAACGUAAACGGUAACUGUAAGGGACUCAUCGUCCCAAGAGACAACUGUACCAUCCCAUUCGACGGUGAAGAAUUGGCAUGGUACAUGCCUUGCAGGUUGUUUUCUCAAGACGGCACCACCGAGGCUAACUUCACCACCGAGUACUAUGAUGGGUACGCCUGCCACACUAGUGCGUUUGCCAGAGAAGCCUAUUACGGUUUGGAGGUGAGUGCGGAUGUAUACUUCAGUUGGCAUGACCUCAAAAACACCUCCAGAAACUUGGUGGUGUACUCCGGUAAUGUCUUGGACCUCGAUUUGAUUGACUGGAUCCAAUACACCGACUUGGAAUACCCACCCUUGUUCGACAGCUUGAGAAACGACCCUAACAUGAAGGGCCACGACAUCUCUAUGCUCUUGACCAACAAUGCCGAACGCAAAGCUGCCCGUUGCUUGACUGAAAUCAUCAAGGUCGGCUCUGUCGAUUCCGACACUAUCGGCUGUAUCUCGUCCAAGGUUGUGUUGUACAUUUCUCUUGUAUUCAUUUUGUCUGUCAUUGUUACGAAGUUCAUUGUUGCUUGUUAUUUCAAGUGGCUUGUUGCUCCAAAGCAGGGUGCUGAUCAGGUUGACAUGAAAACCAUGAACAAGCAUCAAAACGCUAUCGAGGACUGGUCUAACAACAUGAAUUCUUCCGGCCCGGUCCGCCCUGUACCUGUGCAAGCCAGAGCUGCUUACAAGAAUAAGGAAGCCAAUAGAAAGAGCGUCUUUAAAAGAGGUUCUAAGUUGUCUUUGGGUAUCAACAGAGAGUUCGAGAACAUAUACGAUGACUCCGUCAUGAACGCCAAUACCAAGUACACCACCAUGUCCACCCAAGCUGCCGCCUCUGUCGGGAACCAGAAACUGAGAAACAUGAAGUCAUACAUGGAAGGGUCCAGGACUGAUCUUGUGUCACUUCGUCCAAACUCUAUUUUGAACCCGUUCGAUUCCCAGACGUUGGACCUUAUGGACGACUACACCGUUGGUGGGUUGUCUCCGGACUUGAUCCAUCCAGAUAUCGUGGCCCAACCACCAGCCGAGUAUGAACCGUAUGGUUACCCAUUGGCCCACACCAUUUGUUUUGUCACUUGUUACUCUGAGGAUGAGGCCAGUAUGCGUGUCACUUUGGACUCCUUGGCUACAACCGAUUACCCAAACUCCCACAAGUUGCUUUUGGUCGUCUGCGAUGGCUUGAUCAAGGGUUCCGGUAAUGACAAGACCACCCCAGAAAUCGCUUUGGAGAUGAUGACUGAUUUGCUUAUUCCCGAGGACAGGGUGGAAGCUCACUCCUAUGUCGCCGUUGCCAGUGGUGCCAAACGUCACAACAUGGCGAAGGUCUACACCGGUUUCUACAAGUACGACGAUACUACUGUACCAAUUGAAAAGCAGCAGAGAAUUCCUAUGGUUACCAUCGUCAAGUGUGGUACUCCAUCCGAAGCCACUGGUUCCAAACCAGGUAACAGAGGUAAACGUGAUUCCCAGAUCAUUAUGAUGUCCUUUUUCCAGCAUGUUAUGUUUGACGAAAGAAUGACCAGGUUGGAAUUUGAAAUGUUCCAGAAUAUUUGGCGUAUUACAGGGUUGAUGGCUGACAUGUACGAGAUUGUUCUCAUGGUUGACGCGGAUACGAAGGUAUUCCCAGAUUCGUUGACUCACAUGGUUGCCGAGAUGGUGAAGAAGCCGGACAUUAUGGGUCUCUGUGGUGAGACCAAGAUUGCCAACAAGGCCCAGUCUUGGGUCACAGCUAUCCAGGUCUUUGAGUACUUUAUUUCCCAUCACCAAGCCAAGGCCUUCGAGUCUGUUUUUGGCAGUGUUACUUGUUUACCAGGCUGUUUCUGUAUGUACCGUAUCAAGGCACCAAAGGGUAAUGACGGCUACUGGGUUCCGAUAUUGGCCAAUCCAGAUAUCGUCGAAAGAUACUACGAUAACGAUGUGUCCACCUUGCACAGAAAGAACUUGUUGUUAUUGGGUGAGGAUCGUUUCUUGUCUUCUUUGAUGUUGAGAACCUUCCCGAAGAGAAAACAGGUGUUCGUCCCGAAGGCUGCUUGUAAAACCAUUGUUCCGGACACUUUCAGUGUGUUGUUAUCCCAACGUCGUCGUUGGAUUAAUUCCACUGUCCAUAACUUGAUGGAAUUGGUGUUAGUCAAUGACUUAUGUGGCACUUUCUGUUUCUCUAUGCAGUUUGUUAUUGGUAUCGAAUUGGUCGGUACCUUGGUUUUGCCAGCUGCUAUUGCCUUCACUUUAUAUGUUAUUGUUGUUGCUAUCGUUUCCAAGCCAACUCCAAUCUUGUCAUUGGUUCUUUUGGGUAUUAUUUUUGGUUUGCCGGGUGUCUUGAUUGUGGUUACCGCAUCGAGAUUCUCCUACAUCGGUUGGAUGGUUAUCUACAUUUUGGCCUUGCCAAUUUGGAAUUUCGUCUUGCCGUCUUAUUCCUUCUGGAAGUUUGACGAUUUCAGUUGGGGUGAAACCAGGACAAUCGUUGGUGAUGACGAAGGUGGCCACGGUGAUGCUAUUGGUAAGUUCGAUCACUCCAAGAUUUUCAUGAAGAGAUGGAGAGAGUGGGAGAGAGUCAGAAAGAACAACGAGCAUAUAUCCAUGCCAGCAGCUACCUGGGAUCCAGCCCACAGUUAA